GUACCGCAGCAUCGCGCGCCUCUUCUUGCUGGAGUUGCCCGACAAGAUGCACACGGCGCUCGUGAUCGGGCUCGACCAGCCGCUGCGCCAGGGACAGCAGCUGCACAACUUCUUGGUCCUGAGGUGCGAGCUGCAUGCCAAGGUCCAGGUGUCGCCGGAGGAGAACCAGAGGCUCCCCGAGGACUUGCGGUGCGAGGAGGAGCAGCCCCAGUACCAGCUCUUGGGCAAGCUGCUCAAGCACCUGUCCGGGAAGCCCGUCGUGGCGCCCGCCUCGGAGUUUGUCUCGGCGCACCCUCAGAAGGACGCGUGCAUCAGGUGUUCAAACAAGACGCAGCCCGGCUUCCUCUUCCCGCUGAAGAAGUCGUGCAUCUUCGUCACUAAGCCGGUCAUAUGGAUACGAUACGAGGACAUAGAGAGCAUCGAGAUCAAUUCCGGCGCAGCGAUGAUCCGUAGGAACAGUUUCGAUCUGACCAUCACCGUGAAGGGGAACAAGGUGUUUGAGUUCGUCCAGGCAGAGAAGGACGUGUUCCAGGCGACCGUCGCCUACUUCCGCGACACUGCCAAGCUGCCCAUCGCCAACUUGGAGGAGGUGACGGCGGCCAUGUCCGGCCGACAGGGCGGCGCGCCAACGGCGGGUGCCUCGGCGCGGAGGGGUGCCAGAGGCCCGGCGGCGGCCGCGGGUGGCGGAGGAUCCAGAUCCCGGACUUCGACGGCAGCACCGGCGGUUGAUGCUGACGAAGAGGAAGACGAUGAGGAUUACGAGGAGGACGACGGCGAGGACGAAGGUGAGUCGUCCGACGCGGAGGACGACGAAGGCGCUGGGGAAGAGGAG